AUGACAACAGCUGCUAAGAGAAGAUUACUUAGAGAUUUCAAGAAAUUGCAAGAUGAUCCACCAAAUGGAUUAACUGCUACUCCUAUGGAAGAUAAUAUAAUGAACUGGGAUGCAGUAAUUUUUGGUCCAGAAGACACACCUUGGGAAGGUGCAACAUUCAGAUUAACAUUAGAGUUCACUGAGGAUUAUCCCAAUAAGCCACCUACUGUUAGAUUUAAAACUACCAUAUUCCACCCUAAUGUAUACAACGAUGGAUCUAUAUGUUUAGACAUUCUUUAAAACUAAUGGAGUCCUAUUUACGAUGUUUGGGCCAUCCUCACAUCUAUACGUUCACUUCUUUGUGAUCCAAAUCCAAAUAGUCCUGCCAAUAGCGAAGCAGCCAAAUUGUAUUAAGAAGAUCGCAAAGAAUAUAUUCGUAGAGUAAAGGAAAUAGUAGAAAUGAGCUGGAAUUACUGA